UAUUUCUCAUCGAUCAUCCGAAAGGAUUGUGAAAGGCAUUCCUCACUCUAUACUCGCCAUAAAAAUUAUAUCUUUACGGUGAUUGCUACCGUUUUUCUACUUGUUUAGCUCUUUUAAAUGGGUUGAUUCUUGCUCUACAUAUAGUUCUUUACUCCACUGACUCAUCUUCCUUUGGCUUUCAGGACUGGUUUUGUCAGACGAGAAGGCCUGAGAAAAUCGGUCCAAAACUCUUUGAACAUCACAAAGACUACGCUUUUGUUCCAUUUUCUGAAAGACUCAACUCAUUUUUUCAUCUGGGUAUCUUGUAAAACCCAUCACAGAAACCCGCCAGAGAAAAGAAAGAAAAAAAGCACCAAUGAUCACUGUGACAGAUCUCUACCAUGUGCUCACAGCCGUUGUGCCGCUUUAUGUGGCCAUGAUCUUAGCUUAUGGCUCUGUCAAAUGGUGGAAAAUCUUUAGCCCCGAUCAGUGUUCGGGCAUCAACAGAUUUGUUGCUCUCUUUGCCGUGCCUUUAUUGUCUUUUCACUUUAUCUCCACCAACAACCCUUAUGCCAUGAACUUCAGGUUCAUAGCCGCUGAUACUUUUCAGAAGACUAUAGUCUUGGUGGCGUUGGCCAUCUGGUCAAGAGCCAGCUCUAGAGGUUCUCUUGAAUGGUCCAUAACUCUGUUCUCACUUUCUACUUUGCCUAACACUCUUGUUAUGGGCAUCCCUUUGUUGAAAGGAAUGUAUGGAGACUACUCAGGGACCCUAAUGGUUCAAAUAGUUGUGCUUCAAUGUAUUAUAUGGUAUACAUUGAUGCUCUUUCUGUUUGAAUACAGAGGAGCUAGGCUCUUAAUUGCUGAACAAUUUCCUGACACUGCUGGCUCCAUUAUCUCCUUUAGAGUUGAUUCUGAUGUCAUUUCUUUGGAUGGCAAAGAACCAUUACAAACUGAGGCCGAAGUUGGUGAUGAUGGUAAGCUUCACGUUACUGUGAGAAAGUCAACAAGUUCAAGAUCAGAAAUUUUCUCCAGAAGAUCACACGGUCCAAACUCAGGCGUUUCUUUAACCCCAAGGCCUUCAAACUUGACCAAUGCAGAGAUUUACUCUCUCCAGUCUUCAAGGAACCCAACCCCAAGAGGCUCUAGUUUCAACAAUACCGAUUUCUAUUGCAUGAUUAAUGGAAAAAAUAUGAGCAAUGUGAGCCCAAGACAAUCAAACUUUGGGAACUUGGGUUUUGAUGAAGAAAAUGGAGUGGGUGUAUUUGGUAAUGGGAAUAGAGCCAGUGGAGGUGCUUAUCCAGUUCCCACAACAGCAGGAAUAUUCUCUCCUGUGGCCGGGCCAGGUGCCAAACGGAAGACAAAUGGUAGUGAAAAUGGCAAGGAUUUACAUAUGUUUGUUUGGAGCUCAAGUGCUUCUCCCGUAUCAGAAGCUGGGAUUCAUGUGUUCAGAGGUGGAGCUGAAUAUGGGAAUGAGCUUGGUGGAAUUCCUCACCAGAAAGAUAAUGAUGAGUUCGGAAGAGAUGAUUUCAGUUUUGGAAACAAGCCGGCUAAGAAUGGAGUUGACCAUGAAGGGCCGGUACUUUCUAAACUUGGUUCGAGCUCCACAGCUGAGCUUCGCCCAAAAGCUGGUGCUCGUGGUGAACCCAAGCCAACUGCUAUGCCACCUGCUAGUGUUAUGACCAGACUCAUUCUGAUUAUGGUGUGGCGAAAACUCAUUAGGAAUCCUAACACUUACUCCAGCCUCAUUGGUCUUACAUGGUCUCUUGUCUCAUUCAAGUGGCAUGUAGAGAUGCCUGCAAUAAUUGCUAAGUCAAUAGCCAUUCUGUCUGAUGCUGGUCUUGGAAUGGCCAUGUUUAGUCUAGGUUUGUUCAUGGCAUUACAGCCAAGGAUUAUUGCCUGUGGAACCUCAAUUGCUACCUUUGCUAUGGCUGUUAGAUUCCUCACUGGUCCUGCUGUCAUGGCUGCUGCCUCCAUUGCUGUUGGCCUACGUGGCGAAUUAUUGCGUAUCUCUAUUGUGCAGGCUGCCCUUCCUCAAGGAAUAGUGCCAUUUGUCUUUGCUAAGGAAUACAAUGUUCAUCCUGACAUACUGAGCACAGCGGUCAUAUUUGGAAUGCUAAUAGCUCUUCCUAUCACUCUUGUUUACUACAUCUUGCUUGGACUCUGAUGCUCGGUAAGCAAAGAUUAGUUUAAGUUGUAAUCUCAACCCUUUGAAUUGGGUUUCCUUUUUAGGUCUCUAACAAAAAUGUAGAAUUCGCAUAAAUUUGGAGAACAACAGAAAGAAACUAAAAGAAAGAACAGCAAAUUUCAUUGUAUUGAAGCACAGAGGGGAGAGAGAGAGAGAGAAACUAACUGGAAAUUUUUGUAAUGUCUUUUUGUCUCCAAGCCUUGUUGUUUAAGAAGAAAAUAUGAAGCUUGUUUACCUUUCUU